AUGCAAAGUGUUCCCAGUGAAACAACGCUGAACUCAGAUCCGUACAAAAGCAAAGAGAGUAUAAACACAUGUAGAAACGAAAAAUCGACUGAAUUUUCAGAUCAAUCAGAUAUGUCAAACAACAAAGAAGAGUAUUGUGAACAGAAAGAGGAGUUUGAGAAGAAAAUGUGUGGGAAUAUGAAUGAUAAGCUUAAUUUGUAUGAUAAUAUAAUAAGUGAAAUAAAGGAGUUAUAUAAUGGAAAUAUAGUUAUGAAUAAUAAAGGUAUUGAUAAAUUGAACAUACGAAAUGUUGCUAAAGGAUUAUUUUUAAGUAUUAAUAAAACAAUAUCAAAAAAGGUACGAGUACUAGUAAUUGGAAAUUCAUCCUCAGGGAAGAGCACAUUCAUUAAUUGGUUUUUACAAGAUAAUAUACAAAAGACAGGAUAUGAAUAUGAAACAAAUAAUUUUACUUUAAUAACAAGUGGAAAUUAUUAUUCUGAAUUUAACGGAGAUGUAACAAUAAAAACAUUUGAUUUCCUUAAGCAGAUUGCUAACAGGAAUCGUAAUUUUAAAAAUAAUUUAUGUACAAAGAUGUAUGUAAGUAAAAAUGUAGAAUUGAAAAAUAUUGAUUUUAUUGAUACUCCUGGAUUAAAAGAUAUAAUGAAUAAACUUGAUUUUGAUAUUAAUAGCAUAAUAUAUGACUUAUCAGAUUACGUAGAUAUUAUUUUAGUUUUUUUUGAUUCAUCUGGAAAAUCAUUAAGUAAUCGUUUACUCUUAAUAAUUAAGGAAAUUUAUGAAAAACAUAUCGAAAAAAUUCUGUUCAUUUUUUCUAAAAUUGAUGAAAUUAAACAUGAACAAGAUAGGAUUAAACUCCUUUGUCAAACUACACAAUGUUUGGCUAGCAAAAUCAAUAUAAGAUACAAUAUAGAUUUGCUACCAAUAUAUAUUUACGGUGCAAAAAAUGGACGAUAUUUAUUUGAAGGUGCAAGUAAUGAUGAUGAUUUGUGCAUUGUCAACAGAAUCAAUGAUAUCAUUUAUGAAAUUAAAAAAAUAUUUUUUAAAAAAUUAGAAAAAGAUCUCUAUUGUCUAGUUAAUGAUUGUGAUACCAUUAUUAACAAAAUACUGGACAUUUUAAAAACUGAUGGCGAGAGACGUGCUCAUAAAUCUACACUGAAGCGCGAGCGCAUAAAACACACGACCAUACAGGUUUUCACCUUUGUUGUCUUCCUUUUCUUCCUUUUUACACAACUGUCUGUUCAUAACUACUACAAAGAUGUCUUGAUGAGUUACGUGGACAUGUCGGCCAAUCCUUUCUACAAAAAUUACGUUAUAAACACAGGAAUUAUGUUGAACAGUUGGGAAAAUUCUUAUCUGAUGAUAAACGUGGCAUUGGCUUUUUUUUUUCUCAUGAGUGGAAUCAUGAAAAAAAAAUUUACGAAGAAUAUAAAAACAUUGCAUGUUUCCAGCAAGGAAAUAUUGAGGGAACAAUUAACAUUUGCCAAGUUUGCAAAAGACAGGGGAAAAUAUUUAGCCAAAACCUUUUAUGAGUUAAAGCAAAAUUGA